AUGGCGUUGGGGUUCUCAGCCGCAGCCGCAGCCGCCUCCGGUUCCGACCUACACUCCAACAUGAGCUCGACACUGGCCGCUACGUCCUCCUCGUCCUUGAGUUCACUCACGGACUACUCAACAUACCCUCUGAUGCGCUAUGGUGGCCGCACCUACUUGCGCGACCCGGAGAACGUCUACCCUCUGCCUUGCGACCUACCCGAGAUCCACCGCCAAAGCUUGCGCACGCUGAUGCUGCUGCGCGUCCUCGGCGGCCCAUUUUGCAACCCCCACCUAGCCAGUCGGCCGCCCAAACGCGUCCUGGAGAUCGCAUGCGGGUCUGGGCUGUGGUCUGGUCUGUGCCACGACUACUUCGCCCGCAAUGGCCAUCCCGAUGUGGCUUUUGCCGGAAUAGAUAUUAUCUCCAUUGCGCCGGAUAUGCGCAAGCAGGGAAUGAAUUGGCAAUUCAAACGGCAUGAUCUGCGUCGGCCCCGCUUGCCAUUUCCGGACGACUAUUUUGACUUUGUAUUCAUUAAAGAUGCCGGCAUGUGUCCGUACAGUCCCGCGCAAUCAGCAUCGGGCUUGAGCGAGCCCCUGCGCGUGUUAAAGUCCGGGGGCAUCCUGGAGGUGUGGGAUUCGGAUUGGAGCUUCCGCUCGCUCCUGCCCAAUCCAGCCCCGGCGCGGAAAACCACAUCGAAGGAACAGGAGAUCGCCGACGAAACAGCUACCUAUACAUUCUCCUCGGCCACGCCGUUUACACGAGCGCAGAACAAGUUCGUCGUUGAUUAUAACUCCUGGGUGGAAAAGUCGUUCGACCGUCUCAAGUUGACGGCGCUCCCGUGCGCAACCAUCGGUCUAUCCUUCAACUCCGAAGUGGACUUGCUGGAAAAUAUAGACAGUCGCCGCGUCGCAAUCCCACUAGGUGACUUGCGCUGGGAGCGCGACGGCCAAGGCAAGGAUUCCAAGAGCCGUCCACGCAAGGCCCUGACUCCAGAGCAGAUGUCCAUCCGGCGCACGGCUCUUCUCACCACAAUCCAGAUGAUUGAAGGGCUGGAGCCGAUAUUGAUGGAGUCUAGCGGAAAGGGCCGGGACGAAUGGGACCGAUGGUGGGCUGCAAUGACAGCCGACCUCUUGCAGAAAGGCGGACUCGCCAGCGGCGAGUGCCUCGAAGUGAGCGCCUGGUGGGGUCAAAAGAAAUGA